AUGAUGGGUUAUGCCUCACUAGCCCAGACAGAUACCGGCCUUCACAUGAGAGAGCGUAGCCGCGCUUUCAUCGUUGCCGACGCGGCAACGCCAAACAAUAGAAUCGUUUUUAUCAAUGCUGACAUCGCGAUGGGUGACAGUGGGGUGCACCGCUCCAUUGUCUCACAACUCUCAUCUCAAUACCCGGGCCUGUACACGGACGCCAACAUCGCCUUCGUUGGCACGCACCAGCACGCUGGUGUUGGUGGAUACCUCGAGAACCUUCUUCCCCAAGUCACCUCCUUAGGCUACGUAAAACAAACAGCAGACGCCAUCAUUGCGGGCACCGUUCUCGCAGUGCAAAGGGCCCAUGCGAGCUUGGCCCCGGGAAAAUUGAGCCUGGGCAAUACGACAAUACUGAAUGCUAACAUUAACCGCUCGCCAACCGCCUACCUUGCGAACCCUGCGGAGGAAAGGGCGAGGUACCAGUACGACCAAGAUAAGGAGAUGACACUCUUACGAUUUGAUGACACCAAUGGCAAGGCGAGGGGGUUUCUGAGUUUCUUUGCUGUUCAUGGUACGAGCUUGUAUGAGAAUAAUACACUGGUCAGCGCGGACAACAAGGGCAUGGCUGCAUAUUUGUACGAAGCCGAGGUAGAACCAUAUUCAAUGCCCGGGAAUACAACUUUUGUAGCUGGGUUUACGCAAGCCAACGUCGGUGAUACAUCUCCCAACACCCUCGGCGCGUUCUGUGAAAGCCCUGGAAAGCCGUACGACGGACUCCCUUGUGAUUCAGACCAUUCAACUUGCGGAGGGAAAGCUCAAGAUUGCCAUGGGCGAGGGCCAGGUUUCAGAAUCUCUGAUUUUGAGUCAAGUAGGAUCAUCGGAGAUCUUCAAUUCCGUGGUGCCCAAACGAUAAUGAACGGCCCCCUGGCUCCAGUAACGGGCGCUGUCAAGAGCGCUCACACCUAUCUGGCCAUGGCGAAUCAUCAGUUUACACUUCCGAAUGGCACCACCGUUUCUACAUGCCCAGCUGCGUUGGGCUUUGGAUUCGCUGGGGGCACAACGGACGGCCCAGGCGCAUUCAACUUCAUACAAGGCACUAACUCCUCCCAACCUCGGAAUCCGUUUUGGGAGAUUGUAAAAGGUGUCGUGACCCCUUUCCCUUCCGCCGAACAAAGGGCGUGUCAGAAUCCUAAGCCGAUCUUGUUGAAUACGGGGUUCGCACAUCAACCGUACGAAUGGUCAGCGAACAGUGUCAAUAUACAGAUGCUUCGCGUUGGAAACUUUGUGAUGCUUGUUAUACCUGGCGAGUUAACGACCAUGGCGGGAAGAAGGAUACGGGAAGCUCUGCGCGCCAAACUGAUCUCCUCAGGCGUCCUCGGCUCGGAUGCUUAUAUCGUCGUUGCGGGUCCCGCCAAUGUUUAUGCUCACUACAUCACUACUCGCGAAGAGUACAGUGUCCAAAGAUAUGAGGGCGCUAGUACGAUUUUUGGCCAAUUCACCCUGGACGCCUACAUCGACAAGUACUCCAGCCUUGUACCCUUUCUCGCAGAUAAUGCAAAGGAUACUCCAGCAUCUGAUCCGGCCCCAUCCGAGCAACUCUCCAAGGCUAUCUCACUCCAGACUGGUGUCGUUUUUGAUGCUGCCCCCAUUGGCAAGAAAAUUGGAGCGACUUUAUCCGACGUGAAUACCGCGGCUCCAUAUCAUGCAGGAAAUACUGUAUCGGCCGAGUUCGUCGGGGCCAAUCCCCGGAAUAAUCUCCGAUUGGAGAGUACUUUCCUCACAGUUGAUCAGAUGAUUUCGGGUCAGUGGAAGACAGUGAGAUCAGACUCCCACCCAUCGACGAUCUAUCAGUGGAAAAGAACCAGCACCGUUCUUGGGACCAGCACCGUUACUAUUUCAUGGACGAUUGAAAAUGGAACGCCGCCUGGCACCUAUCGCCUCAGUUACUUCGGAGACUAUAAACCUCUGAUUGGCGCCGUCUCUGCGUUUACGGGAACUUCCUCAUCGUUCACCAUUUCCUAA